AUGGAGUCAGUCAUCCAGGCAGUGGAAUGUCCGUAUUAUUGCAGACUUCAAAAUGUCCUCUCAGAUAAAGUUAAAACAUGCCUUUUUUUUCUUUUUUUUUUCCCAACAGGAAAGAGACUGCAGGAAUGGAUCUCGGUCAUCUUGUGCUUCUCUCUCAUCUGCUUCAAUUUUUACAAUCUUCUCUUCUACUUGCGACUGGAACACACACCCUCAGUGAUUGUUGGGAUAUUUGCAGGAGUUAUUACGGCUGACUUUCUAUCAGGAUUAUUUCACUGGGGAGCAGAUACGUGGGGAUCUGUGGAGCUACCCAUAGUUGGAAAGGCUUUCAUCAGACCCUUUAGAGAACAUCAUAUUGACCCCACAGCAAUUACCAGACAUGAUUUUAUAGAGACCAAUGGAGACAACUGCUUUAUGACACUAGUCCCGUUGGCAAACAUGGCGUACAAAUUCGUUUCUUUUUCCCCAGAGGCAUUGUAUGAAACAUGUCCUUGGGAGUGUUAUGUCUUUGCACUCAUCAUCUUCAUAACCAUGACGAACCAGAUUCACAAGUGGUCUCACACGUACUUUGGUCUUCCACGUUGGGUCAUAUUUCUACAGGACUGGCAUAUUAUCCUGCCACGGAAGCAUCACAGGAUCCAUCAUGUGUCUCCACACGAAACGUACUUCUGCAUUACAACUGGUUGGCUGAACUAUCCAUUAGAGAAGAUAAGAUUCUGGAGGUGUUUGGAGAACAUUAUCCAAGCAGUUACCGGGGAGAAGCCAAGAGCCGAUGACAUGAAAUGGGCUCAGAAAAUUAAAUAACUUUGCCAGCCUUCUGCAAUCCUUAAUUUGUUGCCAAUGUUUGUUUGUUUUUUUAAAUACAAAGCCAUCAGCCAAAUUCAAGACCUGCAAAGAAAUAACAGACUCUAAAGCACAAACUAAAAAGUGCUAACAGACUGCAAUGAAAUGAACUAAUUCUUAAAACAAUACUUGAAAUGAAGAUGAUUACUCUUACUGAGCACCUUUCCGUUUGGCCAUGUCUGCUUACAUCUUAGUACUUCAUCACUGUGUCUCAAAAGGCUACCGGGCAAGCCAGAAGGCAGGACAAGUCACUCCAUUGGUACAUGGUGGCGUAGUAAACAUGUGUUGUAUCAACAUUAUUUAACACUUCAAAAAGAGCUUGUUACCUAAGACCUAUAGGGAGAAUGGUGACAACAGUGUGUCACUUUGUGUCUGAGUCCAAAUACACUGCAUGAAAACAGUGAGUCAGAAUAAUGGAAGCCUAUAAAGUAAUCACUGUUCGAUGCACUUAGUGAUCAAUGAACCUACAGCUCUAUUACAUUGAAUUGAAUUGAUCUAAUGUGGGACAGACUUUGAGAAUCUUGCUCCACCAGUGGGCCACGAAUCCUCAAGUGUCUUCAGUUUCCCUUUAAAAUGAAGUUGUUCUACUCUCUACGUGGAAUUGAGCAAGCUGUUUCUGCGUAAGCCUUCAAUUUACCAAGCCUCUGAGAAGAGGGAGGGCACCCAGUACGACACAUGCUCGCGGUUCUUCAUGCGGAGUGCUCGCUGAUGAGUCUUCUAUUAAGUGUUCCCUACCCUGACAAUAAAUGUUUAAAAUAGUUCUAGUAUUGGGCACAUUGCAAAUAGCUGUAUUCAAGAGCUCAAGGUAUCAAAUCGUAAUGUUAGAAGGGAAAUUGUCAAUGACCGGUGUUUUGUUCUUUUUUUUUUUUUUUAAGGUGCUUGCUUGUUUCUGUAAAUAAUAUAAAGCCUUAAUCUCUUCUGGUGUAAUGGAAUAAUAUUUUAAUGUGAUGUUUGAAUGUAUAUAAUAUAUUUAUAACAAAGCAGUUGGAUAAUACUAA